AUGGAAACCUGGUUUUGGAUUCUUGGCUGGGUUCUUUCAUUUCUAACCAUCACUGGAAAUGGAUUUACAAUCUUCCUCGUCUGCAGCAGACGGAAUCUCCGCACCAAAACCAACGCGUUUAUUGUUUCACUUGCAGUAGCGGAUUUCUGUGUUGGUUUGAGCGUUAUUCCUUCUCUGUUCGCAUGCGACAUUACAAACACCUGCGGCAGGCCUCAACAUUUGCGAUCUUGGGUGAAUGUUAUAAGGUGGUUAUUUAGUAACACGUCUGUUGCAAGCUUAUGCGGCUUAGUACUGGAUCGUUUUAUUGCCAUCGUCCAUCCUCUAAAAUACCUUACUUUGAUGACUCGCCGUCGAAUUAUUCAAGUUAUUUUCUUCUCUUGGGUUCUAACAGUUAGUUAUAAUGCGCUAAAGGCUACCCUUUUUAUUUUUUAUUUCAAAACAAUACCUGUCCCUUUUAUUUGGCUGACCAUUGUUUCCGAGUUUCUUCCGUGUGUUGUAUUAAUACUCUGCUUUGUAUCAAUGAUAUUUCAUGUAUGCAGGCAUGAUCAGUUAGCACGCACCUUAGCGAAACAGUUACGUUUUAACCAUCAGGUGUCGUUUAAAAUCCAUCACGAGAAGUCUGCAGUAAUAAUGAUGGGUCUGGUGAUAGGAGCGUUUCUUGUUUGCUAUGGGAUGCAUCUGCGUUGUAGUUUUCUAACACUAUCCUCAUCACGAUGUAAUGAUGAAAACUACAAAAUUCCUUUCUUGGUUUUAAACUCGGCCAUCAACCCGCUGGCUUAUGCCUUUUUCAAAAGAGACAUAAAGAAAGAGUUUAGACGACUAAUCGGUUGGGUGGUUUUCAAGAAAAGUAACCAAGUAGAGCCUUCCACUCAUUGUUAGAUCAUUUUUGAAGAACAGAGAUCUUAAUAUUAGUUGGCAGAACUGCCUUUGAUAGCGGAUUGUGUCAGGCAUCGCGGGCGGCAGUUUUGGAGCCGGCAAAUCCCUGGCGGUUUGUCUCAAAUCAUAGUUUAGAAACACUGGUGUUUAAGGAGGGUACAAGAACCAAAGGACGAUAAGAAUACAAUCCAGUACAUGUCAGGUGGUUUCUUGAAACGAUUCCGAGGUAUAUUAAAAGACUUGUUGGCGCUGUGUUUUAAAGGAAAUACAACAAUUUUAACCAAACCCUACGACAGGACGCGUGACUUAAUUUUGGAGGAUGUAGGGCUUAAAAGACGAUGAAAGGCUUGAGAAGAGACUGCCAGAUAGAUCUGUGACGCUGAAAGCGGAUUGGAAUUUGUAAAAAAAGGCGCAUGAGGAGAGAAAACAAGAACCUUUGGACCCUAAGAGAAUGCAAAAUAUUGGGGAAAGGAUCAAGUUCACACAGUGAUGGGAGGCGAAAGUUCUUAUUGGAUGGAACUUUUAGUAUCGUGAGAGUAUAAUUUUAUGUUCACAUCCUACUACCAGACACUUGGUUUCCCUUUUUCCAUUUUGGCGCACUGUUAAAAAAGAAAUAUUCUGCAUGAAUCGAGAAUCGAGUAGGAUCAUUUUUGAGCGUGUGAAUUAAGUAGUAGUUUAUUUAUCUUCCAAAUGCAAAUUAUUCCGAUCAAUUUAGCUUAGCCUGAAUGAAAUGUUUAAGAACUUUAGUACGAUCUGCAUCGACCAUACAGGUGUGAGUACCAGUUUAUUUCUCAUGACGAGAAAGGCCAUCGUUUUCUUUAGCAAACAAGUUUCCAAGCUGUUUCUUUGCUUUGAGUUUAACUUCUGGUAGCAUCUCAUAUAUAUGUAUUUUUUUCGACAGUCAUGCAAUUUUACCUACUCGCUUUUGAUUGGAUAGCGAAAACGAAAAAACUUCUUCUAAUAAAUUGCUGUCUAACUUUUGCCGUAAUUUGUAACACCUGUCGCAGUUUCUAAUAAAGAACUGUCGCAAAUAAGAAUACAAUGACCUCGCAGUUACUUAGUGAACUAAGUUGACAGUAAAUUGCAGUAAAGGGAUAACUCACGUGACUGACUUUGUCCCGUUUGACUGACAGAUGUUCUAGCGCUAUUGCCACGUGACGGUCCCCGUUUUCUCUAGCUCUUGUUAACUCAGGAAUACGUCAAUUUGAUAAAUGUGACCCUGCUUUUUACGCAAAAGCGUUAUUGCGGGCGUCAAGAUGAGCCCGCAAUCCUAAUCUCCCGGUUGUUAUGACGCUUGCGUCGCAUGUAUGUAGCCAGCAUUAGUUUGGACUUGCACUAAGAAUGAAUAGAAUGCACAGAACGCAAUUUGAUCACUCGCGUCUCGACCUUCUGCCCCUCGUAAUCUGAUCACGCGUGUUUUAAUCAUAUGUCACGUGAAACGUACGCAAAGCACAGCGAUGGAGCAAAAGCGUUUUGACCUUCGAUUGUUGUCGCCCACACUCCCUAAGCUUUGGUUAUUACUAGUUACUAAUUAUUUCACAUGCGUCACAUGUAUGUAGCCAGCAUUCGUUUGGACUUCCACAAAGAAUGAAUCGAAUAUACAGAAGGCAAUUUGAUCACGCGUGUUUUGACCUUCUAUCACUCGUAAUCUGAUCACGCGUGUUUUGACUAUCUCUCACGUGAAACGCACGUAAAGCACACUUAAGCACAGUGAUGGUGAAAAAGCGUUUUAACCUUCGAUCGUUGCCGCCCGCACUCAGUAACCUUUAGUUAUUACUAGUUUGUAAUCUAUGGUUGAUAAGAACUUCCUUUAACCUGUCCGGGCCACAACCAGAUCUGGAUAUAUGAUGAGGUCACCCACAUUUGCAAAAUGGCGCCCACGCCGAGAAACAAGGGAAGGUCACUUCCAGGCUCUUAGCUGCGCCUAGAGGUGUCUUUUCCCCAUACUACUUUGAGAGCGGUGACUUUAGACGAUGCGAAAUCAGGGGUGUGAAGAAAAAAUGCCGUCCGAUGAACCUUUGUGCGUUCUUGAGAGGUAAAACGACCGAGCGCGAGAGUUUUUCAGCUCAAAGAAAUGCCGGACAAGGCACAAAACAUCUAAAAAAAGAAAGUGAGUUUCAAUUUUCUGAUCCUUGAAAAAAUUUUUUUUGAAAUCUAAAUAAAAUUUGCUUGUUGAUGGUGGUCUUUUUGGUGUAGUGCAUAGCGAAUUCAAAUAGUGCUGUGCUUUGGAAGAUGCAACAGUCAGUUGCGCUGGUUUUCAUUGUAACGCCAUGUUUAUUUUAUGUUAUCUUGCAGUCGGAUGGAAAAGCAAAAGCAACUUGUUUUUGUGGCAAAAAGAUGCCGCCGGUUUGUUCGUGGAGAACCGUAACCAUGGUCUUGCCUGAUGAUCAAAAAGUGGCAAUAACAAAACAGUUCAAACACUGUUAAGCUUAUUCAAAAGCUAUUCAGCUAUUAUCAAGGAAGGGAAUACGCGCUCCAGUCAGAAGACUCGCAUUUAUAGAAAAACACCAAGCUGGAGUCUACUGAGUCAUAAUGCAUUUCUCCAUAGUUGAUGCAGCUUCAGCUGAAGCUGCACUUAAUUCUUAUAAUUUUGUAUCUGUAAAUCACUAUCCGUGAUAAUUUAACAUCCUGCAAAGAAAACUCAUGAGCUGGGCCCAGCGUGAUACAACUUUGCAAAAAAAAACAACCUGAUUUUUAUUCACAUUCACGGAGUAACAAAAAUCGCUUAGUUAUUCAGAUCCAGAAGGCACUUUGGAGAAAAUUAGAACCCUUAUUCAGCCGUAAUAAAAUGCUUUACGCUUCAAAAACUGAGGUCGCAGAAAAUGCUAUUGCAUUAGAAGGAAAAUCCUUCAGACCAGAUACAAAAACCACAGUAAAUCGAUACGUGUGCCACUCUCAGUGUGAAACAAGCGGCUAAAAACACAAUUGCUCAGUGAAAAUGUGCAACCUUCCAGAUCAUAGUUUACCCAGCAGAGGAAAAAAACGUAAUUGGAACGAGCAGCGUUUUGGCAUGAGGUAAAAGUCGUGUAGGCCUACCACCCCACUUUAUUGCUAUUAGAACACGAUAAAGUCCACCUCUGAACUGGUGAAUGGUAUUUUAUUAUUUUCAUCAAUAAUGGGGUUUUGCAACACGAAAAGACAGACAUUGAUUAAUUACUGUUUACGACCCUUCGUUAGUGCAAUUUACAGAAAUUUUAUUUCUUUUUUUACCUUCGCAUAUUAAUCCAAAGUGUUUGACGAUUUAAAUAUUGAAAAUUAAUAUUCAGUACUUCUUCGAUCGCAAUUAGAUGUUAGCACGUAUGGUAGUGUUCCCGAAGAAGCAUAGAACACACUACUCUAGGCGGAAGCGGUGCUCGCAAAAAGUACUCCAAACACGACUUCUUUAUACCUUUCCACUUAAAAUGUAUCAGUAUUUCAAGUAUUCAAAUUCCCUGCUUCGGGUCUCUUGAUAUCAGAAGUCCAGGCGUUUUGACAGAAACCUUCCUCGAUAAUUAUCAUGUUGAUAUUUGUAAAUCGAACGCUAAGACGCAUAAAAUCAUCUCGCUUAAUCGGUUUGAUAUUGCAUGCUGUUACUUUUCUUCAAGGAACAUCCCAGCCAUAGCGCUCUUUGCUUCGACAUUUCUGUCGACCUUAGUCCUUAGGCGGUCAAAUCAAUGUUUUGGUUGCCGUCUGGACCAAUCACACUGCAGGAAAUUAUAUAUCCAGAUCUGGUUGUGGCCCGGACUGUUAACUGUUAACACGAAUGGAGACCUGGUUUUGGAUUCUCUGCUGGUUUCUUUCAUUACUGACCAUCACUGGAAAUAAAUUGAAAAUCUUCCUCGGCUCAUUUGCAGCAGACGAAAUCUCCGCACCAAAACCGACGCGAUUAUUCUUUCCCUCGCCGUGGCAGAUUUCUGUGUUGUAGUUGAGCGGAACUCCUCCUCUAUUUUUCUGCGACAUUACGGCAAAAACACCUGCUACUGGCCUCAACAUUUGCUAUCUUGGGUGAAUUUUAUAAGGUGGCUGUUUAGUAACACUUCCAUUGGAAACUUAUACAGUUUACAACUAGAUCGUUUGAUUGCUAUCGUCUAUCCUCUAAAGUGCAUUUCUUUAAUUUAUGACUCGUCGUCGAAUUGUCCGUUAGCUAUUUUCUUCUUUUGGACUAUAACAUUUGGUUUUGUGGUGUUUCAGUUUUCAUUUCGUUUUAGUUUAAAAACGAGUCUUGCCACUGCUCCUUUUAACUGGCUGUAUAUAAUUUCACUCGAGAUCUUCCCAUGUGCUCUGAUUAUAACCAGUUUUGUAUCAAUGAUUUUUCAUGUAGGCAAGCAUGAUCGGUCAGCACGCACCUAA